ACAGCGAUGCGAGCAGUGUCUUGGUUCAAGGUCAGGCAUCGCUGAAGCUGCAGACCAACAAACCCACCGUGAACAUGGAGUCUCACAGCUCGCAGAUUGAGGUCUACAUCUAUCCAGAUCUGGGGCUACAGGUGGACUCUGGCACCCCCCUAUGGAUCAUCAUGUUGUCUGCCCUGGCAGGUGUCCUGCUGCUGGCUCUCAUCUGUCUGCUGCUCUGGAAGUGUGGGUUCUUCAGGAGAGCCAGCACCAGGGAGCUGUACCAGGCAAAGACCCAGAAGGCCCAGAUGAAGAGCCAGCCAUCUGAGAACGACAGGCUGACCGAGGAGCUCUGAGGCUGGGGCACCGCAGCCAGAGAGCCCGGCUGUAAGGACCAGAGGUGGAAGGGUUACUAACUGAUUACUGAGACUAUGAAAAGUGCUGAGUCAGAUCAAAGUUAAAAAGUUUGUACUUGCUUAAAGUAGUCAGCACUGAUACUUUGAGGUUCUUUGAAAUUUUGUCUUAAAUUUGAUCAAUUCUAGGUUUUUACUAAUAACGGCAUCCCCACAAAUUCAUCUCCCAUAAUAAAACCUGUUUCAUCCAUAAUCUCAGGGACCAUUUGAUUUUCAGUAACCUCCUGUUUCCAUCUGCUCUACUUUUUCUGAUUGAUCAGCUCAGCAAAAAAUGUGAUUGCUUGUGUUUGUUGGCUUUUCUCUGCAGAUUUGAUGGAGCUUUUAUUCUGAAAGGAGUCACAAAAGACACAUUAACAGAAAACGGCAGAAAAAAAUUAAGCGGGCUCACCCUUUAAUGUGUCUGUGGCCACACCUGCUAGAUUUUUGCAGCCAAUCAAAUCAAAUUUCACACACACAAAUCCCGACAGACUCCUUAAACCAAAAAAUAUUCAGUUUGCUGUCAAUGCAAGGAAUUAUGGGAAAUCACCCCAAAAUAGGACCAGUAUGAAUCUGCCUUUCAGCAGAUCACUGGUUAUCCCAGCAAACUCACCUGUGUCACCUAUUCACUGCCUCCGUGUCUCUGUGGACAUACAAGGUCUCUGAUCCCUCUUUUUCUCUGCAGUGUGGGUUCUUUCUGCGUCAGGGGGUGUGGCGGGCGGUGGCGCUCCAUCAGGGGAGGAUUAUGGGUAAAGAGGACCUACAACAGCAGCACAUGGAUGCUGACGGAUUCCUGAUCCAGGACCAGGUCUCCUCAUGUCGAAACAGGAAGUCCCCGAAACACUGGGUCACUUCUUGGACUGAGACUCACUGAGAGACUCUCAGCGUCUGAAAAAAUAAACCAGACCAGACCAAACUGGACUAGGCCAAAACAAACCAGUUCUAACUGGACCAACACACUGCCAGUGUGAGUCUGCUGUCAUGUGAAAACCUCGUAAUGUGUUUACGUUCAUAUUGUAGACGGAGAUGUGAGGUUUCCAGCUGACAGCAAGCACAGACGAUUGAUUAUAGAUGAUUGGUUUUUGAUCUGUGUGUAUAUGUGUACAUCUCUUAGCCAUGGAUUGAUUGGAAACAGAUUGGUGUUUUCCUUUAAAGGGCUGGAAUCAAAAUGAGGGGACUGCUCCUUUAAUAUGGCAGCAGUCGUGUCUUUGUGCUGCCUUCAAGGACCCCCAUAAAAUCUCCUUUGAGAAAGCUGUAAGUAAAACCAUCCCGGUUGCCUUUAGGUGCGGUCGGCUCUUCUGUGAAACUGUUUGGUGUCUCGUGUACUUUUACAGGCUGUUUUUGUAUAUUUGUGAUAUUUCUGACUGCGCUUGAAAGUCUGUGUAAAAUGUGGGU